UGUCAGUAAAAUAAAUUAAUUCGUUAUGAGCCACUACACUUUUCCGUAUGCUUCAUCAUUUCCCUGCGGAGAUGGUGACUAUCAGGGCCAUGGAAGAGUAGACCAGUAUUAUGACAUGCCUUCUACCUCCAGGGGUGACAACAGGUAUUAUAGAGAUGAAAAGAAAAAGUAUGAUGUGGAAUCCAGAAGCAGAAGUGCGUCGCGAUCACGAUCGAGAAGCAAAACCCGAUCACGAUCGAGUACCUCGUCUUCCCGCCGUGAUCGAGUCGAACUCGGGUCGAAGCUAAAGUUUACAGAUACUUUUCGUGUAUUAUAUUUGACGAGAAGUAAAUCUAAGAACAACACGUCAAAAUAUUUAGUGAUAAAAAAGAAGCAAGAUCGUAUCCAGGAAUUCCUCAAAAGGGACGGCUUAGGUUCAAAGCACUGGCUCUUUUAUCCGAGACCUAAAGACACGGUGAAAAAACCCGAAGAUGUUCGAGAUUCUCAAACAAAUUGUGAUAAAAGAAUAAAGGUGGAUGGGGACUUCUUCAAGAAAUGUAAGAGGACGAAAAAUCUAGAUACAAGUGGUCCGAUUGCAAAGCUGAAAACUUGGGAGUUGAUAUUCUAUAAGAAAUUAGGGUUUAUACAGGCUGUGUAAUAAACUGUACUUUUUUAAAU